GCGCUGUGGUGCGUCACAACAGUGGAAGCAACUGCUUGCUCUACUUUCACACAGCGAAGGAAGAUGUGUAUCUUGACAUAACUUGUGUAAGUAUGGCAAAGUUGUCAAUGAAAGAGCAAAGUGGCUGUCGAAAACUGUUAAGAUUAUUACCCCUGGACGACUUGUUCGCCCUUAAAGAGACAGUAACGAAUCGCCUGAUCGCUGUAGAGAGCACGCAAGAGGCCAUUGAGGCCAUCAUAACUUACUCACAAGACGCCGAAGAGCUCCUCAAGAGAAAGAAGGUGCACAGAGAUGUCAUUUUUAAGUAUCUCGCCAGUGAAGGAGUUGCCAUGCCCCCUAACAGUGAUAAACAACAGCUGAUCAGGAGGACCACGGAGUACUGGUCAUCUGGGGAGAUCUCAGAGCGUGAGAAGAACACCGUGGUUUCAGAAGAUGUUGGAGAUGGUCUGGCAGACCUUCCAGCUUUGGGAAAACAGUUUUGCCAGUGGUUCUUCACCCUUCUGAACUCCCAAAACCCCACUCAAGGGCAGCCGGCUCAAGACUGGUGUCCUCAGCACUUCUGGCCGGAUGUGAGACUUCGGCUCCUCUCGUCUUCUGGAGAGCGGUGUGUAGAUGAGUUCAACGGGGCAGAGCUGGUCAGUCAGCGGCUUCAUGCUUUCGCAGGACAAGAGGGUCUGUUGUUCUGCCCGAACUUGGAGGGUCAAGGGUUAAAGUGUGUAUCUUCAGCUCAUGGACUGGUGUUAGUGGCCGUAGCCGGGACCGUCCACCGUGAUAAUGCCUGCCUUGGGAUUUUUGAGAAGGUGUUUGGCCUCAUUCGCUCACCAAUGGACAAUAAUCGCUGGAAAAUAAAGUUUGUGAAUAUGAAAGUGGAAGCACAAAGUGCCAUAACAGACAGACAGUUACCAGUCAUUACCUACGACUCAAAAGAGUUGCUGAGUCUUUGUGACUGAUCCACACGAGGUCUGUUUGGACAUGUUUUGACUCGGCAGUGAAGCGAUGCAGUGAUGCGAUGUUUGACACAGAGACUUUGAAGCUUGUCAAAAAAACUAAAGUCUCGCAGUGAAGCACUGUACCAGAGCUCGACUCGUUUUGCCAAAACCAUGUGAUCUGUGAUGUCCGAAGCUUCGUUUUCUUUGUAUUCUGAUUCAAAUAACGUGAACCACUUUUGCAGUUUCAAGUUUAACUCACUGCUUUGAAAAGAAUAAAUCAUAAUACAAAUACAUAUUUGCAUGUGUAGUUUUGUGCAUGUUCGUUUUGUAUUAAUUCCUGGUACACAAAAGCUUUAACUGACCAUUCUAUGAUAAUCUUCGGUUAUUUUGAUCAUAGCCUAUAUAUGCAGUCUUGCCUAUUUUUUUACAGACUGUAUUAAUGUGUUAAUAUUGUGUAAUAUAAUGCCUGACAUGAAGACUUGUUUAUAUAGACUUCAUAUUUUCUUUGCUUUAUACAGGUUUUUCAUAGCACAAACUACUUUAUUAUCUGAAACAGUCCAAACAUGGCUGGACUAGUGGGGUCUUCUGGGAAACAAAGGCAGUUUUUUCCACCUUUUAACCAGAAGAUGUCGCUUGUGUGCAGCGUCUCGAAACGCGUCGAGUAAUGAAGCUUUUACCGACAGUUGAGGGGAAGCCUGGAGUUUCACUAAAGAGAUGCACGCAUCGGAUGAUCAUGUACUAUUGUGUGUAAACAACUUUAUUGUGGGAU